AUGAACGGCGGCGCCACCUCCUCCUCCGGUGACGCCUCCGUCGUGAAUCGCAGACGCAGCAGCCAAACCGUUCAUUCUAACGGUGUUAACGCAACGGAUUCAAUGCCGAAGAAUUCUUCUCUCUUUUCUCAAGCUUCGUUUCUGAAAUGGACUUUAUCUGAUGUUGUACACGUGGCGACACAUCAUUGGAUGCCUUGUUUGUUUGCUUGUGGUCUUUUGUUCUUCAUGGCCGUGGAGUACACGCUCCUUAUGGUUCCUUCUUCUUCUCCACCGUUUGAUUUGGGGUUCAUCGCCACGCGCUCUCUUCAUCGCGUUCUUGAGUCUUCGCCUGAGCUUAACAAUCUUCUCGCCGCACUCAAUACGGUGUUUGUGGCAAUGCAAACGAGUUAUAUCUUAUGGACAUGGUUGAUUGAAGGACGUCCUAGAGCAACAAUUUCAACACUUUUCAUGUUUACAUGUCGUGGGAUUUUGGGGUAUUCCACUCAGUUACCAUUGCCUCAGGAUUUUCUGGGUUCUGGCGUGGACUUUCCUGUCGGAAACGUGUCGUUCUUUUUGUUUUUUUCUGGCCAUGUGGCGGGUUCGAUGAUAGCUUCGUUAGACAUGAGGAGGAUGAAGAGGUGGGAGAUGGCAUGGACAUUUGAUGUAUUGAAUGUCUUACAAGCUGUGAGGUUGCUUGGUACAAGAGGCCAUUACACUAUUGAUUUAGCUGUUGGAUUAGGUGCUGGCUAUUUAUUUGAUUCUUUUGCUGGUAAGUAUGUUGAAGAUAGCAAGAAGAAAAUAGCUAAACAUAGUGUCAAUGGUGUAUGA